UAAGCUGAACUGUUUCGGUGAAUAGUAACAGUUCAUGCCCUGAAUACGUUUAGUCAACACGACAGAUAAGGACAUGGAUACAUCCUUUAAGAUAUUGCUAUAUUUUAUAGUUUCAACAACAUUAUGGACAACGGCAAACUGCUCUACUACAGAGGAACCAGAUCCGUGCAUGGUUGCCUCGCCGUUUCCUCAUGUCCAGAAUAGAUCAACUACGUACAAUAAAACCUUUAAUAUUAAUGAUAGAUUCAUAAUUCCUGGUUGGUAUGGAUUGCCGGAUUUAGCAGUACCCGGCACUGCUCCCGAAUACAAGCAUUGUGGUACAAAAUAUCCCAUAUAUUUAAAUGAAAGACCAUUGCGUGGUACUGACCAGAUACAGACUAUUGGUACCUGUGUUCGCUAUCCAACAGAAGAGUGUAACGCUACGGGUCCGGACGUCAAAGUGAAAGCAUGUUCUGCAAAUUUCUUGGUAUUUUACUUGGAUCGUACAGGAAGAGACUUAACCGGAUAUUGUGUUGGCUCACUAGAAGGCGGUGAUAUCCCGGAUUUUACAACCGUACCUAGUGUCACUUACGACCAAGUUACGGUGGGAAUUAAAGCACAAUUCCGGUUCUUCUGCAAUUUCACCGAAUCAACAGACCAAGAAUUAGUUUAUCAAGCACACUGGUACGUGAACAACCGUCUUAUAUACAGUUCACAUUUAGCUGCUUAUAAUGAUACGGGCGACGAACGAGUACUAACAGAAGCUAAACUACGGGGACAAGGUGUAACUACGGUUGGCUUUGAUAUAUAUUGUGUAAUUAGAGCCGGUAAAGGUGUCAACGAAUCAUCAGGGUUUCCAUCUAAAAGUAGACCAAUAUUUAUUGGUAUAGAGGUUUUGACGCCCACGGUUACCGUUACAGAGGGUAAAUCUGGCGAGAUCAAGAUUAGAGCUACAGCAAGGAUUGGAUGUCCCGAUGCACCAUGCAUAUAUGGUGUCACGGCCAAUAUACCAACAGGGGAAGAUACUUGCUCUCCAACAGUUCGUGCAGAUACGGCUUGUGGGGUGAAUAUUUAUCCUGAUAAAUGGAAACAGAUUUACAGUAUCAAAGUUACUGGUACAAUUACUGAAGAUGGAUAUGGGCAUCAGACAAAUGUCAAGAAAAUCACACUUCGUUCUCCAGAUCAUUACGAUGACCAAACUAUAUGGGGAAAUUAUACUUUAGCUCCGGUUACGGUGUAUGUAAUAAAAGAUACUGGAGCUAUAGAAUCACGAAGUUGUAGUGUACAUUCCGAUCCAUAUGUUGAAACUUUUGCGAGAAGAGAGAUGAGUCUCCAGAUUCUUGGAACAUUUACCAUGUAUCAGAAUAAUGACUAUAAUAUAGAGGUUCAAGUAAAAAGCUUCAGGUGUUCUAGCAUUUAUCAUGCCUACUGUGUUUGUGGUAUAGUCGUUCGAGUUGGACAGACAGUUUUUAUGAUGAAUCAUUGCUCGAUUGAUUAUUGGUUUAUUGAUUAUAUCCUGUGUAAUGAUGGUGGUGAUAUUCUCGACGUUAAAAAAUUACGUGGUAUUUACAAGAUUAUGUUACCAACAGGGACACAACUUGAAAUAAAUACUCAGCUUGCAAACACUGAUCCAUACCUGAAUAUAUAUACGUAUCCGUCCGUGAUAGAUGCCGGUGUUAGUAGAGGGCUGUGUGGUGAUUUAUCUGGGUUGGAUUACACACAACAAAAUGAAUUAGUAUUAAGGAGUGGAAAUACAACCACUGACGAAGAAUCUUUCUUGAAUUCAUGGAAGACUCCUGAUGAUGAAGAUAUGUUUAAUGAAGACAACUUGGGUAUGCUCAAUGCUUGGUCUCGUGAGUAUACCACAUGUAAAUGCAAUUCGGUUCGUACUGAGGGCGUCACAAAUGAAAUCGAUUGUAAACUAUACAACGAACCAAAAAUUUGUAAUGAGGAUGAAGACUUUAGACAAGUUCACAAGAAACGCUGUAUUUCACCAGUCCGCAAGAAGAGAUCGAUACCCACAAUAAGAUUCCACCCCGAGAAUCAUAGACGAAUUAAAAGGGAUGUCAGUUGGAAGAAUGGGUGGACCAAUGAGUCUGCUGUGGAAUAUUGUGAGAAUCUCUUUAAAUCUUCAAAUUUGGUUAAUCUGUGUAAAGAGGUACCUGGCGUUGAUGUUUCAUCUCCAAUGACAAGUUGUGUGAGUGAUAUUCAGCUAAGUGGAACUUCAAAUUUUUCUUUGGCUGCUGUAAACUCUGUAAGAAGUCAGUGUUUACGUGAGGCUAGAAUGAAUGUUACUCUUCGGCAGGAAACUAGUCCAGACAAACCGUCAGUGUUAGAAAUGGUGAAAGCUGUUGCUUGUCCUGCAGAGUGUUCAGAUAGAGGUGUCUGUGUUAAUGGUAUCUGUGAUUGUAAUGAUGGUUAUUCGGGACCAGAUUGUUCUGUUGAUCUAAGUCAACCACCUCUGGUCGAUAGUCUAGAAGCGAGCGGGUAUUGUGAUCGCAAAGAUGGCAGUUGUGAAGAGAUUGCAGUAUUUGGUGGACCUUUUGUAGAAUCAGACAAAUUCAAAUGCCGACUGAUGCCGCUCGAGUCAAAUGCAGAAGCAAAGAUAACAAAUGAUCCAGUUGUCGAAAGUAUUGGUGAAGUGACGUGUCCACUACCUGUUAAUAGACAAAAACGAUCAACAACUGUUCCCGUUGUAGACACAACAGUACCAAGCUACAGGGUAGCUGUGUCCAAUGAUGGACAACUCUUCAGUCGACAGUUAACAGUGGUUAUCAUGAAUUCUGAUUGCAUGAACUGUACAAUUGAUGGCGAGACUGUGACAUGUAGGAUGUUUGAAGAUUAUUGUUAUACGGAACAACACUGUUAUAAAACUGGUGAAAAGUAUAUAUAUAAUGAAGACUAUCAAUGUACCAACGGACAGUGGCAACUCACGAAAUCAACACCAGAUGAUAAAGUAGCAGCUAUUGUUGGUGGAGUUGUGGGUACAGCUGUGAUGAUCACUAUUUUAAUUAUCAUUGUAUUAGUGAUAUACAGGAACAGAUACAAACGAUCCAAGACUUCCACUGACCAAGAUUAUGAACAUACAUGUGAUUCAACUAUUGGAGGUGGACUUGCAGGUGUUUAUGAUACAUUAAAGACAAGAGACCAAACUGGUUAUUAUAAUAUGGGUAACAUCAACACCACUGGUACAUGAAAACAAGAUAGCUGAAUGCCUGUUCAUUUUUCAAAAAAGAAAGUGGAUUCGAGGUGGCUUGAGGGUUGUACUGGCAAUUUAAAUAUUAGGAGCUUUAACAAAAUGUGUUACCAAUAUGUUAUUAUAUUAUAUAGUAGUUGUGGGUAGCUAUGGCAACAUAACUUUACCUGGUGAUGUCCGUGUUCUAUUAUACUGUUAUAUUUUUCACCUUUUGUAAAUACAACUUCUUCAUCCAAAACAAUAUAUUAAUGUAUAUACGUACAUGUAGUCAGAUGUUCGACUCAUCUAUACCGAUGUGGUCUUAAUCCUAUCAGCAAUGCAGUUAAUUAGAAUUGUUUAAUUAAAGAUACAUUAUGGGAGAUUAGACAAAGAGCUGGCAGUUCUCACUAUAAUAGUUAAAAACUAGAUAAUGUAAAGGGAAUUUGCUGAAAAUUUCAGUCAAAUUGAUCCACUGUGAACCGAGAAUUUAGGAUUAAUUUUUUUCGGCCUAACCUCGAUCAACAUUACUAAUGUCGGUACGAUAAAACAACAUAGCCUCGAUUAUCCAUUUCAAGAUUAAAUAAUCAAUGAAAGUUGGGCAGCAACUCGGAUCCUAAUCCAAUAAAUAUUGCAGCCUAGCAAUGACAUCAAGAAUUGAUUAUGGUCUGGAUAAGUUAAUUAAUAUAUAAUUAAAAAUUUAGAUAUCAUUUCAGUCCUAAAGAAAGACCUGAAAUGGGCAGAUUUAGCUCUUGCAUAAUGUAUGUUUAACUGGAUUAACCACUUUCAAGUAUAGUGUAUAGAUGUAGUAGGUAGCAACCCGGGAAGGUUGUUUAUGAGUUUCUAUUGUUUUAACUUGUCAACGUGGGAUAUAUAAAUCCAAGAAACAUAUCUACUAGCCAUAAACUUAUUAGAGCCUUACCAGUUGUUCCUACUAUUAGGUAUGUCUAUAUUAUACUGUAUAUGAUGUUUUAUAUUUAGUAUUUCAUUACAAGUUGCAGUUUCUAGCUUCCGUAAAUAGUUCUUUAUUUUAUAGUUCAAACGUAAAUAGUUUCUUUAUUUCAUACUUUAAACGUAUAAUUAUUAUUUCAAUUAUUAUUUCAUUUCCAUUUAUAAAUAUAUAUUUGAUGUUUUAUAUUGCUUUGUUUUGCUUAUAUUGAAUGAUAAAAACUUAUUAUAGCCUUACCAGUUGUUUCUACUUUUCGUUCCAGUCCCCUAUAGUAUAGAGAUUGAUUAUUACACAGCUAUCGUCCUUAUAUUAAUAACAAUUUGUCAUCUUGUAUUUUACUUAUUAAAUUACUUUCAAUUUGAAUGCUCCUAAUAAUUACAAGUUUAUAACCAGACUGUAUAGAUAGAGUUUAUAAUAAAGGAUUAUCUUUGCUUUUA